CAGGCAUAAGCAGCAACAGACUGGACAACAUUUCAAGGAGGAUGCUGCCUCUCCUGCUUCUGUUGGCCUUUAUCCUACCUCCUGGCGCUGAAGCAGGGAAGAUCAUUGGAGGCCAAGAGGCCAGGCCCCACUCCCAUCCCUACAUGGCACUUCUUCUUAUCCAGAAUCCAGGAAGUCGAAGUGUUUGUGGGGGAUUCUUGGUACGAGAAGACUUUGUGAUGACAGCAGCUCAUUGCUGGGGAAGUUCAAUAAAUGUCACUCUGGGGGCCCACAAUAUCCAGAGGCAGGAAAGGACCCAGCAACACAUCACUGUGCUCAGAGCCAUCCGACACCCUGAUUAUAAUCAGCAGAACAUCAUGAAUGACAUCAUGUUACUACAGCUGAGAAACAGAGUCCAGCAGAAUAGAGCCGUGAGACCAGUGGCUCUGCCUCAGGCUGAGAUGAGUGUGAGGCCUGGGACCUUGUGCACAGUGGCUGGCUGGGGCCAAGUCGGCCUAAACCAGAGAACAAAUGUACUCCAGGAGGUGAUGCUAAGAGUGCAGAGAGACCAGAAGUGCAGCAGUCGUUUCAGUACCUACACCAGCCAGACUCAGCUUUGUGUGGGAAACCCAAGGGAGAGGAAGUCUGCCUUCAGGGGGGACUCCGGUGGGCCCCUGGUAUGUAACAAUGUGGCCCAGGGCAUUGUCUCCUAUGGAAAACAGAAUGGGACUCCUCCAGCAGUCUUCACCAAGAUUUCAAGCUUCCUGCCCUGGGUAAAGAGAAUAAUGAGACGCUUCAAACCACAGGAUUAGAGUAAGAUCUUACCCCCCAAACCCCUA